ACCUCGAGACAUUGACCACGACUAUAAAACGGUCCAAAGUCUGCAAGCAGACGUCCCGCAGCCAUGACUGAGCCACCGGUUAUCAUUUCGGAACAUCAAGUCUCUCGUCUGUUACACUACGGGGAGCUUGUCCCUCGCCUGGAGGAAGCUUUGGCCAAGUUUUCUCGAAGGGACGUUUCGGAGGUGAUCCAACCCGUGAGGGCUACUUUGCCGUUGAAGAAAGUUAACGGAUACAUGUGUUUGAUGCCGGCGUACAUGGGAAACGAUGGAAUCUUGAGCACAAAGUUUGUGGGUGUCUACAACCGUGAGAAAGGUUCAAAACUGCCUUCGGUUCAAGCAACGGUGGUGCUGCUGGACCCCGAGAGCGGAAGCAUGAAGGCCGUGAUCGAGGGAAACGUCAUCACGUGCAUGAGGACAGCCGCGGUGUCAGCCAUCUCCGCCAAGUUGCUGAUGCCUGCCCAAGCAAAGGUGCUGGCCAUCUUGGGAACAGGAAAACAAGCCCAGAGCCACUACAGUGUGUUCACUGAGAUGUUUUCAUUUCAAGAGGUGCGUGUGUGGGGCCACAGGAAAGAAGGGAUGGACAGGUUUCGGAGCUCCAUCAAUGGUCCGGUUACCCUCUGCGACUCCGCCGAAACAGCAGUGACGGGAGCUGACGUUAUAGUGACGGUAACCUCAAGCUCAGAGCCAGUGCUCUUGGGGCACUGGGUCAAACCGGGAGCCCAUGUGGCAGCGGUGGGUGCUUGCAGGCCAGACUGGCGAGAGAUGGAUGACGUUCUGAUGAAGGAGGCGGUGGUGUAUGUUGACAGCAGGGAGGGAGCCAUGGUCGAGUCUGGUGACAUCAUUCUCUCCGGGGCGGAAGUGUUUGCAGAGCUGGGAGAAGUUAUCAGCGGAGGAAAACCUGCAUUAAGAGAGAAGACAACAGUGUUUAAAUCACUUGGGCUGGGGAUUGAAGAUGCAGUGAGUGCCAAGCUGGUGUUUGACCAAUGGAAAUCAACAACCAACCACCCUUGAAGACACUUACCUCCAAUUUUAUUUUGCACCCAUUACCUGUAUCAUCAGUACUCGGGAGGUGGGGGGGCUCUCUGGUGAUCUGGAGCCUUUCCAACCUGACUUUAGCCUAGAAGUGCAAAACACCCAGAACCUGCUGCCACUCAACCAUAGGGCACUGCAUUGACAAACAACCAAUUACCAUGCUGCAGUCAAUGCAAAUUAUUCAAAAUAAAAAUAAACACAAAAGUGUUUUUGAUGACUUUAUUUACUUAUAAAACACGGAAUUAUACCAUAUCAGGCAAAAAAAAAAAGUAAAUCAAGUGUGCACAAUGAUACUUCACUGAUACAAGGAGUCAACUUGAUCAUUGCUCAUUUUUGGGGGGCUGGGGGGGUGAUUCAAGCAUAACAGCUGAUGAUUACAGCGUACACACACUGCAAACAGGUGGGCUCGCAAUAAAACAA